AUGGAUGCGCAGGUCAUUGUGGACGCUGUUACCGCGAAACUGAGCGCCGAACCCGAUGGAUUGGCGGCAGAGCCGGAAGGCAUUCGCAGCGCAGCAACAGGAACUCCGAAUGGCAUCAGAUCAUCGCCACCCAUGUUGGCACAAGAUGUACUCAUGGCUGUAGACCGACCAAAGCCCACCGCCGGGGAUGCGGGGGAGAAAAGCGACUCAGAAGCCGAGACCAUAGUAUUGCCUGGAAAAGAUGGUCAUUCCCCGUCCAAGAUCCGAAAACCGAUCAAAAAUGAAGAUAGAAAUUCGUCUCGAAGCGAUCUGAAAGUCGGAAAUCCAAGUGUGAGCACCGCGACCACCGCGACUUCCCUGGGAAAACGAAAACGACCCAAAUGUGGUAUUGGCGCCAACGACUCUGCACAUCUGGGAAACUCAAGUGGCCUUAGUUCUGUGCCAACAUCGCCGGUAGCCACAACACGUUCGUCCCUGUCGAAACCCGCAGCCUCUGACUCUGAAGUAUCAAGGUCGCCAUCGCCUCGCUCUCGUUCGCGCUCAACUGUACGCGACAAGGCCAAGUCUGUCGACAGAGCUCUCUCCCGCAGGAGAGAGUACACCACUGGCUCUGGAGACGAAGACGAGACGGAAUUGCGCAGCUAUGGGCAACAAGCAAGCUCAGUCACCGAUCACAGACCAAACAGACCAAAAGGCGGCAACGACACCAAUCCACGUAAACGAACGAGAUCAAAAUCGCCACACGGUCACAGCCAUAAACGCAGCCUCUCGACACAACUGCCUCCAAAAUCAUCUCAUGGAUUGAGCAACAAGAAGAAACGAAUUCCUGCGCCCCUUCAGUCCACCGAGUACCACUCAGACGAGUCUUCGGCGAGUGGGAACUCGCAUCCCCGAAGUUCGCGCCUGCGCAAUCUAACUGCGCCAAUCACGGGGGACUCUGCAAUUUCACCUGCCAAAAUGCCGCCGCAUAAGAAACAUGUCAACUCCUCCGGACAAACAUUGUUGGCGAUUGCUUGUGGCCGCAACAAGUUAGAAGUAGUCAAGCAGCGAUAUGGAGAACGGCCAGAGGAUCUAAAUCUUGCGGACAACGCCGAAAAUACACCACUUCAUACGGCGAGUUUGAUGGGUUACGAGGAUGUUGUAAAGUUUCUUCUGAGCACUGGACGUUGUGAGCUGGACUGCGUCAAUUCUGAUAGAGACACUCCGUUACACGAUGCUGUCGACAACGGUCACUGGGAAGUCGUUAAGCUACUUUUGGAUGCCGGAGCGAAUCCCGCCAAACCUAAUCUUGCUGGAAAUAAACCGCGCGACCUGAUUGAUGACGACCAUAAGACCGAGGAGGGCGAAGAUUCAGACGCGAGGGAGGAGCGCUUGGAAACUAACAGGCAGUUGAAGGAGAUGAGGGUCGCCAUUGAUGCUGCAAACGCAAAGUUUGUAGGCAAUCGCCGUGGCUCGGAGGACCAUCAAAUGCACGGCAAUGGAGAUGGGCGUAUGUCACUUCCCAGGGAAAGCCCUCGACAAACACCGCCAGCAAAUGAACUGCAAAACUUCGGACUCCCCAACCGCAAAGGCACAGCACGUUCCAGGAUGAAGACUAAAGAAAGCAAUCUUUGGACAGGGUAUGGCGUACCAGAGCUACAAUCAGCUGCAAGCGAAGGUGAUCUUGAAACAAUCAGUCGCGUUUUGGGCGUCAACGACAACAUUGAUGAUGCCAGAACACUUUACAACGCUGCCAGAGGAGGUCACGACGGCGCUAUCAACUUACUCUUUGCCCUGGGUAGCUUUAGCUCAGAUCCUCCAGAACUAGACGGUGUACCACCAGAUCAGUGUACUCCAAUUCUCGCGGCCAUUGGUAAGGACAGUCACCUCGAGGUUAUCAAAUUGUUCCUGGGAAGACCCGACUUUGAUCCCACACGCCUUAUCAAUGGAGAGACCUAUCACGAGAUCGCCAGGCGACGUAAUGGGCCUUAUUGGCAGGAAGAAGAACAACUGCUGAAAGAGGCGUUCAUUGCUUACAAAAAAAGUCACAAGGCGUCUCCUGGGAAGAGUCGUUCUCCUGGAACGCGCCGAGAUGGAAGAGAACCAGAGCGAGAUGCGAGAAGAGUGCCGCGAUCUGAAGACCAGCAAACACCGAGAACUCAUAAGAGAAGCACGUCCAACCCGAAGACGAGAGAGAACGAACCGUUGAAGACCCAGAAUCGCAGCACAUCAAUUGGACAGCCUAAGGACGGACAGAACGCUGCUAAGAGGGGACCAGGCCGACCCAGAAAGGAAGGUCAGUCAACAUCGGGUGCCAUUUCGGAUCGCGAAACCAGUCCCCUCGCUCCCCCGAGACAAAAGUCGUCGCAGUCCCGAAAGUCCGAAUCCGAUGCUGCUGCCACAUCAGAAACCGAGCCGACUGCGAAGCCCCGCCGAAAAUUAGUUUCCGGGAAAGAAUUUAGAGGGGAAAGAGAGCUUGAAAAGCAGCGGCGCGCUAGUUUUGUUUCCAAUGCUUCUGCCGCAUCGGUCAAAGACAAACGUGAGCGCGGGCCUUCCGACACUAAGCUGGAGAAAUUGGAUGGGAGGGCUAGCCCUAGUCUUGCACGAAUGGGCAAGAACUCUGGGUCUGCUCAUCAUGAUCGCGAUCAAGCGGCAUCUGACAAGGAACGAGCUCGACCUCACAAAAGAGACGACUCGAAGGAUAGACUAAGUGCUAUUCGCGGUGAAAGUCCUGUCAAACGAGCUCGAAAGAGCGAGACUCCACCUCGUUCCGGGAUGCAGGAAGUGAGCCCAGCCUACCAUCUAGACGGGCCCCAGCAGAAGAAGCAAAAACUAGCAGGAGACGCUACCAGUGGGCACCAAACAGAUAGCUCCUCGCCAGAGUAUCGCCCUGCCGUUGCGAAGUCAAUUCUCCCUCGCGAAAACACAUCAGUGAAAUCUAAUUCUGAUGCCAAAUCCAAACCUCCUCGACGUUCUCAAAAAUACAGUGGAGCCUCCGAAUAUUCAAGGGAAUUACAUCUUGAUACCACUUCCAGUUAUCCGAUCAAACCAGGUCUUUCGGCACCUACUUCCGCUCCCGAAUCUAAUUCCAGGAAGUUGAAAGAAUCUACUGAACAAAGACCUUCGAAAGAUUCUAGAAACGAGCGUACCCCUAUCACCAAGACCAAGGUAGAGGAGGAGGAAUCAUUUCGUCAAGCCCAGAUCCAGCGUGGUAAGAGGGAGGCCGAAGCGGAAGCCAUCCGGCAGAAAACAAUUGCGGAGGAAAGAGAGAGGGUCGAGCGGGAGAGAGUCGAGCGAGAGAGGGUCGAGCGGGAGAGAGUCGAGCGAGAGAGAGUCGAGCGGGAGAGAGUCGAGCGGGAGAGAGUCGAGCGAGAGAGGGUCGAGCAAGAGAAGAUCGAGCGAGACAGAGAAGCGCGUCUGGCUAAGGAAAGAGCAGACCGGGAGGCGGAGGAAACUCGGCAGAACGAGGAAAAGAGGCAGCGGGAAGAAGAGCGAAGGCAAAGGGAAGAGGCUGAUCGAAAAGAGCGACAGCGCUUAGAGGAAGAGGAAAGAGAAACUCGCGCAAUGGAGCAAAGGCAACAACUGUACCUUGAACAGGAGAGGAGGAAGAAGGAGGAGGCCGAUCGAAGACAUGCAGCACAAGCCGAACAAAAACGGCUUGAUCAAGAGAGGGCCGAGAAAGAGAGGCGUGAAGCGCGGCUCGCAAGGUUGCCAAUGCUGCUCAGAUGGUUCGAUCAGACGUUUGAUUCACCAGGCGGGCAUCAGUUUGCGGAAAUCGUGCCUUAUUUCAAGAGAAUCGUCGGUUACAGAUACGAUACAAUCAGGCCGGAAUUCACAGGUCAAACUGUUGGCCGUGAGCAGUGGAUGCUCAACACGCACGCUGCCAUCCUCCUGGGAGAGCAGGAUCUGAAGUUAAGCCGAUUUUCCGCAUGGGAUCGAGUUUCUCUGUCCAUCAAUCAGAAAACAGCCAUCUGGAGUACACACAAUUCACAAUUUCUACUCUAUGAUGGUCUGUUACCUCUCCGCAAAGCUCUACCUCGCCCCGAAGGGAGCCAGAACGAGAUCAUUCAGAAGAAUAAGUCACUGUUCUUGGACCUCGAUUUGUUCAUGGUCAAGGUCUCUGAGUUCAUGUUCAUUGUCCCAACAAUCCCUCAUCUGCGUGACGUUGAACUGAAGGUCGAAUAUCGAGAGCUCCAAGAGCCCCAAACCCCUGAUAUGGUUGGACAACCGCAAAACUUACAGAAGUGGAGGUCUGACCCUGACACUGUCGCCGGCCAAGAAACCAUACCAGCCCCAAAGUUCUAUCGCAACGGCGACCUGGUCAGACAAGGCAGAGAUGUGACGAGAAUAUUGAAGCAUCCACCCCCACUGGACACCUUUCCAAGACGGGAAGGAAUCUCUCGAGUCCACGAAUCAGAUCCAGAUUACGAGGAGCAAUGUAGGAAACAGCGUCUACCGGGCUACCGCUCAUCAUCCACUUCUUCCGCAAACCACCCCCGUUCUGCUGAACCGCACCCCAACGGCAUGACGCCUCCGAGAUCAGAUCAAUCGAAGUCGCUAAAUGGUGGUAGCCCCACCCGCAGUUCCGAGUCCGAUGCCCAUAUGAUCAAUGGUCUUCCAAACGGUAUCAGUAACGGAGGCAGCCCUCCGCCGCCGUCUAGCAUUACGGAGUAG